AUGUCGAUUUUCUCCUAUUUCCGCCAAGACAGAGCAAACAACAAUGUUAAAACUUCACACAAGGCGCCCGACAUCCAGCGUUUCCUCGAUUACACAACAAGUUCUCACCUAAACAGCCAAGUGUCAGCAAGUAGCGACAAAAGACAAUGUGAUGCUUUCGCGAAUGCGCCUCUCUUCUCCCUCGCAGCCCAAACUGCUGCCGAGGAACUUUCGUGUCGAACGUCUAACGCUCAACUUAUACCGCAGUAUGGGCUAAUCGGCACCCGCGAAGAUGUCGAUGAGCUGACGGCCGCGCCCGAAGACCAAUUUAUCAUGGCGAACAUGAAUGUUCCUUGGUCAGCAUUCAUAUGUGGCUCCCAAGGGGCUGGCAAGAGUCAUACUCUCUCAUGCCUGCUUGAAGCAUGCCUGAUCCAGAACAACCCAACAGGAACGCUGUCCCAUCCCAUCGCAGGCUUAGUGUUCCAUUUCGACAAAUUUACAAGUGACAGCGCGACACAGAUUUGUGAAGCUGCAUAUCUUUGCUCUGCAGGGAUUCCUGUCAAAGUCCUUGUCGCCCCGUCCAACAUCUGGAACAUGGAUAGCAAGUAUCGCGAUCUCCCGGGUAUCGCAGAAGAUAGGCCUCACCCUCAGGUGGCGCCAUUGUACUUGGAUGACUCGAAGCUCAGCAUCUCAACUUUGCUAAAGUUGAUGGCAUUUGACUCAACCGGGAGUGGUACACCGUUGUACAUGGAAGUUGUGACCAGAAUCAUACGCGAGAUCUCCAUGGAAGGCAGCCACUUCACUUAUGGCUUAUUUAAAGACAGGUUGUCGGCAACGAAACUCUUUCAGACGCAAGAGACGGCGCUCAAUAUGCGACUCCAGUUACUCGAUACAUUUCUAACACCAGAGUUGACGCCCCAUUUGAGGAAACCAAGCGCCGCCGAACAGGAUAUAUGGGAUUUCCAGCCUGGCACUCUGACAAUCGUAGACCUUAGCGAUCCUUUCCUAUCAUCUGACGAUGCGUGCAGUUUGUUCUCCAUUUGCCUAUCGAUCUUCUUGGAGGAAAGAUACAACUGUAGUCGGGUGGUAGCUCUAGAUGAAGCUCACAAGUUUCUGACACAAUCUGGAGCAGCGAAUGUACUGACUGAGGAUCUCACCUCGGUUGUCAGACAACAACGGCACAUCAGCACGCGAGUUUUCACAGCCACGCAAGAACCAACACUCUCAUCAUCACUAAUCAACCUCUCGAACGCGACAUUUGUGCAUCGAUUUUCGUCCCCUGCUUGGUUCCGUACUCUCAAAGGCCACCUCACUGGUGCCAUGGGAAAGAGCGAUAGUGCUUCGCCGCAGCAAGAGUCAGACGUUUUCCAGUCUAUCACAGAGCUACAAACGGGAGAAGCACUGGUGUUUUGUCCUACGGCGCAGACUCGUGUCCUCAGAGAGAAGAAUACUGUUAUCAAUCAAUCGCUCGGCUCGCGAUUCAUGCGAGUAAUGAUGAGGAAGCGAGUCACCUUUGAUGGAGGUGUUAGCCUCGUGGCAACUGCGAAACCACACGCCACACGCCCUUCUCACCAAAUCGAGAACGGCAGAAUCAAGAUGCACAAUCCUGCACCAAGAAUCUCAAAAAAAGAAAAGACAAAUACUCCCAACUCGAACACCCUGCCCCUGACGCAGCAUGACCGCCAUGCUCAGACAAAGAACAACAUUCCAGACCGGAGCCUCCAGGCAAGAAACCCUCAAUCCAAGCGAUCUUCCUCCAAUCAAGUGACAAGCUCAAGCCUUUCGACAAGUCAGAAGCCAGACCAAGCGAAAGUUGCGACAAAUAAUAAAGUCAAAGUCAAGAGCCGAAAGCAGAUCAUCUCGCUGGCCCAACGCUACGCUGAUAGACUUGCUGAGCAAAAGUCACGGGAUCAUACGACGCUUCUCAAUGAGCCUGAACGCCAGAGUCACCUCAUGACAUUCAAGACAACGUUUGAACAAGAACCCAAAGUCUGUAGUACCAGCGACGUGAAGCACCUUUUUUUGAGUGUAUUAGGGGAUAAACUGGGUGACUUGAAUAACUUCAAAGGAAGCUACCCAACUGUUGUCGAGACCAAGUAA